UGAGUUUCACUGUCACUUCAUAGUUGACUGUUAGAGUUGUUGACAGUUAGACAGUAAGGACUGUUCUACUGAUAGAUUUGAAAUCUUCUUUGUUCAUGUUAUUAUGUUUUUAUUCAGUGUUGCUUUAGUUAGGAUGCGGGACUGAAUGGGGGGCUCUGUUGCCCCCUGUGAAAAACCCGUCACCAUGUCUAACAGUUUCCGUGGUUACCGUACUAUUUCUCAGCACCUAAAUGACCUGAAGAAGGAGAACUUCAGCCUGAAGCUGAGGAUCUACUUCCUGGAGGAGAGGAUCCAGCAGAAGUACGAGGACAGCAGCCAUGAUGUCCACAGGAGGAACAUUGAGUUGAAAGUGGUGGUGGAGAGCUUGAAGCAGGAACUCACAGAGAAACAGGAGAUUCUGGACAAGGCCUUGUCGACGUCUGAGAGCCAGACCAAUCAGAAUGAGGAGGAGGAGCAGCAGCGUGGCUGUGAGGCGAGGCAGCAGGAGAUCAGCCACAUGCGGGAGAUCCUGGAAACCAAGGUCCAGCUGCUGCAGGAGGAGGUCCAGCUAGCGCGGGCCGAGGCUGAGGAGAUGGCCUCUCUAGCAGAGGAAGAGUCCCAGCGCUGCCUGGUCCUGGAGAGAGAGAUGAUGAUGAAGAUGGAGGAGGAUGAGGACGAGGAAGAGUGUAAGGGAGGGUCACUAGGAGCCAGGCUGCAGAAGGAGGCCGUGGCAGAGAAGGAGAGGUGAGGAUGGAAGACAGGUGGUUAU